AUAACCCAACUCGCUACUAUCCACUAUGAAAGUCUCUACUUCCAAACUCUUAGGCUUCCUAGUCUUUUUCUUUUUCUACCAAUGCCAAGCGUGUCCACAUUACAAGUUCAUCGUGAAGGAAGCUCCGUAUACGAGACUAUGCAGCACGAAGAACAUACUUACUGUAAAUGGCCAAUUUCCGGGUCCUACUUUAUAUGUUAAUAAAGGAGACACCAUCGUUGUAGAUGUUUACAACAGAGGAAACUAUAACAUCACCAUUCAUUGGCAUGGUGUGAAACAGCCAAGAAAUCCAUGGUCUGAUGGUCCAGAGUACAUCACUCAGUGUCCUAUUCAACCAGGAGCAAAAUUUAGGCAGAAGAUCAUUUUUACUACCGAAGAAGGAACUUUGUGGUGGCAUGCUCAUAGCACAUGGUUGCGAGCAACUGUCCAUGGUGCUCUGAUUAUCUAUCCCAAGAUGGGAACAAGAUAUCCUUUUCCGAAACCCGAUGUAGAAAUUCCCAUCAUAUUAGGAGAGUGGUGGCAAGAAGAUAUAAUGCAGGUAUAUCUAGAUCUUGAACGCUACGCCGGCCUAGGAGUCACUUCCGACGCCUACCUCAUCAACGGCCAGCCUGGUGAUAUUUAUCCCUGCUCUAAACCAGCUGGUGAGCAGCUGAGAUUCAUAGCCAGUGUGAACAACGUAAGCUUCCUCAAUCCCAGCAUUGAUAUAUUACAAGCUUACUAUUGCUGCAUUCAAGGGGUGUAUGGGACCAAUCUUCCUGAUUUUCCUCAAUUAUUUUUUGACUUCACUGCCGAUUAUUUACCGACGGAGUGGGAGAUUCCACAACUGGGAACGGAAGUGAGAGUACUAGAUUACAAUUCCACCGUGGAGCUUGUUUUCCAGGCGACAAACUUGAUAGGAGGUAGUGACCAUGCAAUGCAUCUUCAUGGACAUAGUUUUUAUGUUGUGGGAUUGGGUUUAGGGAAUUUCAAUAAGGACAAGGAUCCCUUAACGUACAAUCUGGUGGACCCUCCUCUUCAAAACACCAUUCAUGUUCCAAGAGAUGGAUGGAUGGCCAUAAGAUUCAGGACUAACAAUCCUGGAGUAUGGCACAUGCAUUGCCAUAUUGAUCGACACAUGGUAUGGGGCAUGGGUACGGCGUUCAUAGUUAAAGAUGGCGAAUCUCCGGAGACCAAAAUGUUACCACCACCACCUGACAUGCCUCCAUGUUAAGGCUAUCUCAAUUAUAUCCAAGGUUGCAAAGUCUACGUGUCAAGAAAGAUAUGUCCUCCCAUAAACAUAUCUGGACAAAAAGAAGCACUGUUGAGUACUUUAUUAAGAGGAACCUCUAUCCAAAUGUUGAUUUCUAUUUGGGAUUAAUCUAUCGGUAAUGAUAUCAUUAAUUUCCAAUGUUUAUUCUGUAAAGAUGGAUGAAUGCAUACGAUGUUGUUAGUUUUUCUUACAAAAUAAU